AACCAGUCAUCAAUAUUCAUGGAGGAGGGCGGUAGGGGCAAGAUGACGAAUGACGAGAAGGAGGGGGCGGAAGUGAAGUACAGAGGCGUCCGGCGGCGGCCAUGGGGGAAGUUCGCUGCUGAGAUACGGGACUCGGCGAGGCAAGGCGUCAGGGUCUGGCUGGGAACGUUUAACACGGCGGAGGAGGCAGCGAGAGCCUACGACCGCGCCGCCUAUAUGAUGAGGGGUCACUUGGCCGUCCUCAAUUUUCCCGAGGAGUACAACAUGCCAAGCGGCGGCGGCGGACCCUCCUCUGCCGCCGCGGCUUCGUCUUCGUCUUCGUCUUCUUCAAUGCGCCAAGGACAGCAAGUGUUUGAGUUCGAGUGCUUGGAUGACAAGUUGUUGGAGGAGCUUCUUGAAUGUGAGGAGAAAAAGAAGAAGAAAUAUUGAUGAACAUGACGGGAAUCUUGAAGUUUGGGAGACAGUGAAAUUUAUGUUCAUCUCAGGCCUUAAAGUUCAAAACUCAUGGAAACCCUUUUCUGUAAACAUAAACAUGGAUAAGGUUGGUGAUGCAAUUUGAUGGCUACUGCUUCGCCAAAAUCCAAAAGCUUGUAAACUUGGAUACUGUUAUUCAGUCUACUAGCUAGUGAGAGUAAGGAUCAAAUGAAGUGUACACAUAUAUAUGAUUAUGAAAGAUAUCAACGGGAGAGUUUGAUUUGUCAAAAGUUUUCAACAGGACACGCAAUUAUCUAUACACAUAGAGAAACAAAUUAAAAUGCUAUUCCAACAGAGAGUUUUGAUAUUUUGUAUGAUACUUAAUAUUUGUAAUUACUCAUUGAUAAUCAUUUAGUAAUUAAUAAUUACUAUUUACCAUACAAUAAAUAAUCAUCAACAAAAGGCUAACUAUUAAUGUUUCAAAACUCUAUCAUCAGUAACAUAUUUAAUGUUAAAAAUUCCAAGAGUUUUUGACUCCCUAGAAGACUGUCUGGAGUUUGUUUGGAGUUUUGUCACGUGUGUAAAUGGCAACAUGACAACGGAGACAGGAAUCUUAAACUUUGCCGCAUAUAUAUAAAUACGAUUUUGCAGGAAAGGGGAAGGCUUUAUUGCAAGGUUUGUGGA